AUGGGGUCCAACGAACAAACCGUACUGCAGUUCGUACCAUCGCCCACAAGCGUGUCGGCUAGGGUUCAUCCACUUGUCGUGUACAACAUCUGCGACUGUUACGUGAGGCGGCCCGACCAAGCCGAGCGCGUCAUCGGCACGCUCCUGGGAUCGGUUUUACCCGACGGCACGGUCGACAUUCGAAACUCCUACGCCGUCCCCCACAAUGAGUCAUCGGAUCAGGUUGCAGUGGAUAUUGAUUACCAUCAGAAUAUGUUGGCGUCCCACCGGAAGGUGAACCCGAAGGAAGUUAUAGUUGGAUGGUUCUCAACUGGUGGAGUGACUCCAGGCAGUGCUUUAAUCCACGAGUUUUACUCCCGAGAGAUCACCAAUCCUGUUCAUUUAACCGUUGACACCGAAUUUAGGAGUGGAACUGCCGCUAUCAAAGCAUUUGUCGCGAUUAAUCUGUCUCUUGGUGAUCAACAGCUUGCCGCGCAAUUUCAAGAAAUCCCAUUGGACAUGCGCAUGGUCGAGGCAGAGCGUAUUGGAUUCGAUGUGCUUAAGCCAACGAAUGUCGACAAGAUUCCAAACGAUCUGGAGGGAAUGGAGGCCUCUAUGGAACGUUUGCGUGCUUUAAUAGAUGAAAUCUAUAAAUACGUUGAUGAUGUUGUGGAAGGGCGAAUUGCUGCCGAUACUAAAAUUGGGAGAUUCAUAUAUGAUGCCAUAGCAUCCCUCCCCAAACUACCACCACAUGUUUUUGAUAAACUCAUGAAUGAUGGUCUGCAGGACCAACUGCUGCUACUAUAUUUGUCGAGCAUAACAAGAACACAACUCAGCCUAGCGGAAAAGCUUAACACAGCUGCCCAGAUUAUUUAG